GUAAUGUCAAUUUGUCAAUGUCAAGCAGCACGAGUGAAGUGUUUUGAAGUUGACGAUCUGUCGUUGGCAUGUGGAUUUAUUUACAAUUUGAAUUUGUUAAAGUUUUUGAGAAUUGUGUAAAUAAAUGAUACUCUAAAUAAACGGCUGCAACAUGAAAAGCAAACCCGUUAAACAUAAGUCAACAAAUACUUUUCGUUUUGUUCCUUUUGCGGAACGAAUCAAUGCUAUUGAUAUCCGGCAUGCUGCUCUUUACCACAUUGAGCAUGCAUAUGCCCAGCAGCCUGAAGAAAAUGAAACUCAUUUCUUUGUGGCUCUGCAAAAGUGGCAUGUGCUCAAUUUAACAGAGAAUUUUAAAAAGUUUAGAAAGGAAGUCUUUGGUAUUAUAACUGUGCCACAACUUGUUCACAAGAAAGAUGAUGUUGUUGAGAUAUUGGAAAGAUAUUUGAAACUAGAAGACCAACUAUGCUUGCAGCCUCUGCUCGAAAUUCUAGUGUCAGUAGCAAAAGACUUGAGAGAAGAUUUCUAUCCAUACUUUCCAAGAUUUUUGGAUAUCCUCAUAAAACUGCUAAGCACAAAAGAUGCGGACAGACUAGAAUGGACACUGGUUUGCUUGGCAUUCUUGUUCAAAAUCCUCAAACCAUAUUUGAAAAAGGACAUUGCAGUUGUACUAAAGAGGAUUAUACCUUUGCUGAGUGAAUCUCAACCACAGUAUAUAAAUAAUUUUGCGGCUGAAAGCUUUGCUUUUGUUGCCAGAGAUAUAAGGGAUAAGAAGAAGUUUGUUAGUCUUGUACUAAACUAUUUGCAGACUAAUGAUGAUGCCAUCGCUGGUUGUGGCCAUCUAAUAUUUGAAAUACUACGAGGAGUUACUGGCAAGUUCCAUAGCUGCAUAGAAACUUUCCUUCCCUUACUUCUGCAAUAUCUUAAAGAAAAUAAGGAACACCAAGAAAUACUAUUCAAAGUACUAACACAGACAAUAGAGGACAGUUUGCAAGUCAUAUCACACAAAGAAUAUGGUGUGUUCUGGUCUAGCAUCAUAAAAUUCACUGAGGAAAUCUUGAAAGAUGAUGAUGAAGAGAGUAAAGGCUUGGAGUACAUUUUAAGGCUUGCUGGCCAGGUCAUAGAACAUCAGCAGGGGAAGUAUCUGACAAACCCUCCUCAGUUUGUACUGUUACUCAUAAAAGUUAUUUGUGAACAGGCCUCCGAGAGUGUUCUUGAAGUUUGUUCUCAAAUUGGAGCUGUUCUACUACUCUCUCCUAAUGUUUCUUUAUCUCAAGAACAUGCUGGCAUCAUUGUCAAAGUACUACUGCCUUUGCCAUUCCCAAAUAUAUUGAUUAACUUUGUACAAAAUGUUGUUGAGUAUUCACAAUUCGAUUUACACAUCUUACCUCCUUUUAUAAAGUUUGUGAUUCAGUCCAAUUUUGAUAAUGAGGCUCUCGGCACUCUGACUAAGAUAUGCCUCAAAAAAUCACCAUUAUCAAUGAAUGGUAUAAAAUUAUUUGAAUGGGUGAAGUAUCCUUUGGAUUUUGGGAAGAACCUUCCAAACUUUAUGGAGCAUUUUGAAAAUAUUAUGUCAGAAGACAUAGAGAAAUAUGUGGAGAAUCCUGUGAAGCUUACAAAUGUCUUAUUCUGUUUGCCCCAUGUAGAAAAAAUCGAUGUUGACCACUGUGUGAAGAUGUUAGCUCAAUUAAUUACGAAAUUGUUGGAUAUAUUGAAGAGUUACAACCUUGAGAACCAACCUAAAGAGAAUAAAUUCCACUGUGACACUACUGCACUAUCAAAAUGUGCUAGGAAAGUGCUUUUCAUACUAUCAGUGGCUCUAGAAAGUGCAGUUCAUAUAUCAAGUUGUAAGAAGCUGAAAGAGAUUUGUGAUAUUGACACAUUGUUGCCAGUGAUACUGCCAUGUGCUGCAGAUCCUAACUACCUUUGCUCCCUGCACCUUCUGGACUUAUAUCUUACAGCUUAUGAACAUGAGAAUGGAUUAACUUAUCCAUAUUUAUCAUUAGUCAAUUCGUACCUAAAAACGAAUGUAUCUUCACCUUUUCAUGUGGUUCGCCUACUAACUACUCACAUUUACAAACUGUUUGAAAAUAUAGAAGAACUCAACAAAACUGUAGAAGUUGGUGGCAAUGUGGAGAAAUUUUCAAUCUUCAGCAAUUGUUACUCAGUCGAAUCCAUAAAGCCAUCGAUCCAGGAGUAUAGGUCUCAGUUGAACCUGCUUCAGAAGAUGGCCUUCAAUACAAGUCAGUAUGCUCUAGCAAAGGACACAGAUUUCCAUCUAUUUGCUCUCAAUUACAUGCUCGGCACUUUAUAUGUCAAUUUCAAACUGCUCUGGGAACCGGUGACUGAGUUUAUAGCCGGUUAUGGAAACUCCUUAAAUGUAGAUGACUUCUGGCCGACUUUUCAUAAUGCAUUAGAAUCCUCGUUUUUAAACGCAAAGAAAAAUCUCAAACAGUUCCAAUUCGAUGACGAAAUUGACACGAAUUUUGAAAUACUACAGAAAUUAUAUUCUGACUACAAUAGCAUUAGUGAAAGACCUGAUUUGUACAAUUAUAGGAAUUUGAUCCUUAAAGUUAUGAUGAAUUGCAUCCAAGUUUGUGAAGCUAGGAAUCGCGAUGUCGUAGUUUUGUUCUUGAAUUUUAUUGAAGAGGAAUACAGAAAGAAUGACCGAAUGAAUGCUCUUAAGAUUGAUAUGGAGACACAUGCUAAUAAGAUGGAAACUGAUGAUGAACAACCAGAACAAAAUGUUGAAAACGGUGAGGAGGUCAUUGAAGAAUUAGAAGAAGAUCCAAAGGAAACUGUCUCAGGAAAAAUAGUUUUUAAAACUCUCAUAAAUAUAAUGCAAGUGCUAUCUCAGUUUAAAAACCCAAGAGCUUUACAUAAAGAGCCAGUUUUCUGGGAACUUUACAUGGAAUUUUUAAAACACAAAAAUCCUGGGCUGCAGAAGUAUGCUCUGGAUUGCGUACUAAACUAUAAAAACAAAAAUGUUAUUCAGUAUAAGAGCAAUUUGUGCAACUUGGUUGAUGAGAAGAAAUUCAAAGAUGAACUAACUCUGUUUAAAAUCACUGAGGAUGCCAAAAGUAUUCAGCCUGAGGACAGGGAACAUGUAGUUCCUAUUAUAUUAAGGAUACUUUAUGGAAAGAUGACAUCUAAACUUGUAGCAGAAAAGAAAGGAGGUGGCCAAACACGACGAUCCCUUGUAAUGCGGUAUCUGGCUGGUUGUAACGAAAAUGAACUGAAAAUGUUCAUUGAAAUGGCUUUCUCUUAUUACAAAGAAUAUUUGGACAUGAAACCUCGUGAGAUAUUUGAGAAAAUCAUGACUGAAAUGGACUUGAAGUCUGUCACCAGUCCUGGAAAGCUUCAUAGUAUUUUAAAUCUGUUUGAAGUUGUUCGAGAAUAUUUUGGAGGAUACAUGAAUGAUGAGUUAUUGUCACAACUCUUCAAUAUAUAUUUUGCCAUUUGUAGUACUGUAGCAGUAGUACUGAACCAAGGUGACAAAGUACAUGUCGGAUAUGUGAAGGUCAUGAAAAAUCUUCGCACUCUAGCCUUGGGUACCACAAGGAAGCUAUUUGAACAGUUUACAAAAUACCCUUGGAAUAAAGAUGAGUUAUUUGUUAUGUACGAGACAUUAAUCUGGCCAUUGAUGCCCAAAUUACAUAUUGAAGGUAUUCAUAGUCCAACGGCACUUUUGAGACUGUUAAACGCAUGGUGUCAAAACCCUCGAUACUACAUUUUACUUAUUACUAAAUCAGAAAAGGAUUCAAUAAGUCCACUUCCAGCUAUUUUUAAACUUCUAUUAGCCCCAAAAACAAGUCCAGGUGUAGUCAACAUGAUUUUAGAUAUGAUCGAAAAAUUAAUCACUUUAACUGAAGACGAAGAAGAUAAAGAAAUUCCCAGAAUAGAAUCUUUCAGCGUUUUACCAGUCGAGUCUCCUCAGAACGUUACUGUCAUCAAUUUCGGUAGUAAAAUUCUGAUACCGCAUAUACCGAGUAUCUUGGAAGUCAUGAAGCGAAGGAUGGCGAACUCUGCUAAGUCAAACACUGUUAACAAGAGAGAUUUGUUGAUCUUGUCAAGAAUCACAGAAUUGGUUGCAUCACCCGAGCUCUGUGAUGAACUACUCAAUCUCCUUCUACCAAUAUUGGUCAAGAAAGUAUGCAUGAAUAUGGCGGAAGAAAAUAUGGAACAUGCUGUGAAUACCAUAAUCAAUCUGCUUGGACACAGUUCAAACCCUCAAGUUUACAUAAAGAAUAUAGCCGUGUUGUUCAACAAAGUCGGUCCUGUAGAAGUUAGAAAAUUGCUUCUAAAAUUACUUUCGUCCAUAGCUGAAGGCGCUACCAAAAAUAAAGAUGUACUUACUAGAAUGGCGGAGACAGUCGCAGAAAUGAAUGCUUUCAACAAAAGAUGGAUUGAACAGCCAGAUUUUGAUAGAAGAAUAGAUGCCUACAAGAAAAUCUAUCAGUUAUUAGACAAAGAUGAAAUUGACGUAGAUCUCGCAAUAUUAAUAGUAAACAAUUGCUUCUAUUUUAUUCGAACUGAGAAGGAUAUUGGUUUGCGCGACAGUGCUGGACUAUGUUUAAAACGGAUACUCCCAAAACUGCUAAUGAAAUAUAGGUCCACUCCCGACGGCCAGUUUCUUGUUAGAGACACUGUUUUGUCACUAAUAUCCACAGGCAUAAGAGAUACUAAAAAUGAAUUGUUAAGAAACGAGUGUAUCAACUUACUUGGUGAACUUGCUAGAGAAUGUCCGGACGCUGAUGUAGUUAUAUCAGAUCUAGCUCAUUUCGUGAACAAAGAAGAUAGAGAAGUAGAUUUCUUCGAUAAUAUGUGUCACCUUCAAAUGCACAGACGUGUACGAGCACUGUUAAAAUUCUGUAAAGUUGCCAAAAAGAUGACGAAAUGCCCUACACCCAGGACCUUGACUAACUUCAUUCUCCCUCUAGCGUCUAUGUAUAUUUGUGAUGACAAAUAUACGGAUAAAAAUACUUUAAUUGAUGCGUGUAUAGAAGUAGUGUCUACUUGUUGUAGAUUACUACCCUGGUACCAUUACGAAGUGAUAUUAAAACUUUAUUUGAAUAAAAUGCGACAUUCUUCAGAGCAUCAAAAGCAAUUGACUCGUAUAUUGGUUGGAAUUAUAGAUGCAUUCCAUUUUGAUUUCUCUAAAGUUAAUAAUAUAGAACUUCCUAAAGCACUUAUAACAAAUGUGCAUCAAUUUAAAAUGACCAAAAAGUCGGAGAAUAAGGAAAAUGUGGAAAACGAUAAAGAAGUAGCCGAAGAUGACGAAGAGAAAGAAAAUGAAUCAGAAGUUAAAGAAAACAUUGAAUUAGACGAAGAAAGCGAACUUAAAGCAGCAGACGACGAAAUAGUAGAGGAUGAACCUAGUAAAGAGGCUACAAAUGUACCAGCAUUUGAAAGAAUAACAAAUGUAUCUCCGUCAGUAGCUAAGAGGAUCAUUAAAUCCCUGACUGCUGGUUUAUUGCCACAGUUGAAUCGUGCUAUUGGCAAAAUGACGGAACAUGAAGAGUCUCAUAAGGUGAAUCGGCGAAAGACCGGCUUCGAUCGGCAGGAAGAGGAUAUGUUGCGAGUGCCGAUAGCUUUGGCGCUUGUCAAGUUGUUGCAGAGACUGCCUGGUGAUCUACUGAAACAUCAAUUGCCUGGAAUCAUCAUAAAACUCUGUUCAUUCCUCAAAUCUCCUUUGAAACAAGUCAGAAUAACGGCGCGAGAUAUCGUCAAGAAGAUUAUGCUGACUGUUGGAACGUCAUAUCUAGGAGUUUUGCUUGAGCAUUUAACAUUAUUACUAACCAGAGGAUUCCAAGUACAUGUCUUGGUUGCCACAAUACACACAGUGCUAGACGCUUUGAAAUCAGAGUUCAAACCAGGAGAUCUUAAUGAAAAUCUACAUUACAUACUAGAUGUGUGUACUAAUGAUCUCUUCGGUGCCUUAUCUGAAGAGAAAGAGGUUGACAAACUACACUAUAAGACGCCAGAAGCAAAACCCAGCAAGAAAAGUUACGUGACACUAAUGAUAGUCUCACAAAAUAUAACGGAACAAUGCCUUAUCAAUUUGGUUCUGCCUUUCAAAGAAGUUCUGCAGAAACAUCACUCGAAGAAAAUUGUGUUGAAAGUUCAAGAAGCCCUCAUGCACAUUACAAGUGGUUUAGUAACUAACAACUUUAUAGACAUUGAAUCACUCUUCGUAUUCCUACACGGCGUGGCUUCCGAAAGCAUACCAGAGUUCGUACUAGGUGCUCCAAAGCGAGAGAUAACUGAAAAGCAAAGAGAAUCAAUGCUAAGAGCGAAACCAGAUUGUUUCCUUAUUCCUGAAACUCCGAAACGUAAUAAGGAAUCUCAAGCUAAACACGUUAGGACUUCUGGUAAGGCUAACGCUCAUGUUUUAGUAGAAUUCAGUUUGAAUAUUCUAUACGUAAUUCUGAAGAGAGAGAAAGUACCAAGGAUGGAUUGUAGAGCAUUUGUAGAUCCACUUAUACCUCUACUAGUAGAUGCUUUGAAGAGUGAUCAUGUAAAAGUGACGACGGUAGCCAUGAAGUGCAUAGCGACUUUGUGGACGAUCAGAGUGUCAACGCCAACAUUAGAAGAAAUGAUUCAAGAUAUUGUUAAAACUAUAUUUAUUACCCUACACAAAUAUGCCACGUCUGAAAUAAGCAAACAGAAUGAUAACUUCAAUUUAGUUAGGACAGCUUUUAAGGCCGUAACAGUUCUAGUCCGAAAUGUAAAAUAUUACAAAUUAGAAGAGGAACAGUUGAAAACUCUACUCCUGUAUGCAGAGGAAGAUUGUCAGAAUGAUGAGAAGCAAUCGAACUCAUUCUCUCUAUUGAAAGCCAUACUAGAAGCUAGAUUAGUAUCCAAUGAAUUGCACGAAGUUAUGACGAAAAUAUCAAGGAUCUGUAUAUUGAGUGAAUCUGCUAGAUCUCGAGAUGAGGCUCGCUUGAUAUUCGUCAAUUACUUAACUCACUACUCUCCUGGUAAACGACUGGAGAAAUUCAUAGAUUUCUUUGUGACACAGCUCAACUAUGAACUUCAACACGGUAGAGAAUCUUCGCUAAAGUUCAUAGACAUGAUUAUAAAUAAAUUGAAUGCGGCACAACUAUCAAAGCACGGUUCUCACCUCCUCCUAGCGUUGGGUACAUGUAUGAUCAAUGACAGCGCGCCUGAGUGCCGCGCCGCGGCCGCCGGUUGUAUAGAAGCCAUGCUUAAAAAGUUCCCGGUAAAAGAAAGGAAUAAGCUCUUCAAUCUAGUUAUGAAUUUCUUCAAAGAUAAUCAGCCAAUACACUUCGAAUUAGCCGCCCAACUUAGCACGCGCUUCGUAAACGUAGAACAAGAAGAUUUCAAGAGCAGACUCAAUACAAUCCUAUCUUUUGUUAGCGGCAAAAUAUUAUUAUUAAGCAACGACAUUUCUGAGGGUCGCUUUGUAAAAAUAACACUAGAACAAUCUGAUGACAAGACUGAUGAAGACAAACAGAAGGAAAAGGAUCACAGUUUAAUUCAAAUAUUGAACUUGAUCGAGAAGAUCACUUUACAUUGCGCGUCCAGUUUGACUGAUAAGAAGUACGUGCAAGAAUUUGAUGAAAUAGGACAGCAUUGUAAAGCGUUGUUGGCUUACCCUCAUGCGUGGGUGAGGCUAAAAUCUGCGCACAUAUUGGGGCAGUUGUUGUCUGUUGUUGAUGCUGAAGAGUUAGAUAAUAUUGUGAAGAAGAAGGUGGAAUGUGAUAGAGGAUUUAUUUAUGAUGAGACUGAAGACGUUUUGAGGAGUUUGGUGCUGGACUUAUGUGCGCAGUACACUACAGGGGCUUCGAAAGAAAUGGUUGAACAGGUGACAGCAGUAUUAUUCCUGAUACUAAAGUUAGUGCACUCAAUGUCAAGUUUCAAGCUAGACAAGAAACCUCAGCAGACUGACAGCGAGGAGGCUGAAGGUGGAAGCAGGAUGAACAUUCGCUGGAUCCUGUUCAAACUGAGGAGAGCCAUCAAUGUCGAAGUGGCGAGAGCACCUACUAAUAUGAAUAUUAGAACAUCAAUAUUCACAAUGUGGACACACGUGAUCAGCUCUUUAGAAAGCGAAGACGUGAAUAAAGUGAUCGACGUGAUUCUCCCGCCAAUAGUGCGUGAACUGUCUACGGGUGACGCGGCCACGCCGGCAACCAUAGCCAAGCAACUAGCCGGUAGACUUGGCAAGAAAUUACGGCGAAAGAUUGGAGAAAUAGAGUAUAGCAAACUCGUUGCUGAAGCACAGAUGAAGCUGAAUAUCAAGAGGGCUGAGAGGAAGAAGUUACUUCUCCAAGAGAAAGUGAACAAUCCAGAGAAGGCAGCUAAGAGAAAACUCCAACUAAAAGAAAAGAAGAAACAAUUCAAGAAGGUCAAAAUGGAAAUGUUGCAGGGCAAGAGGCCGCGGCCUAAGAAACGAAAAGCUGAGGACUUUGAUAUUGAAGACCAACUGCUUAAUGACGACUAGAGUAAUAACAGUAGUACUACUAUCAAACAUUUAUUUAAUUCAUGUAGUAACAUUUAUGAAUUUUCUUUUAUGUUAACAUCUUGUUUGUAAUGCUAUUUUAGUAUCUAUAUGUAGGUACAUAAGCAUAUAUUUCGUCUGAAGGCCCCUAUCCUAUGUCCUAUGGAUACUAUAAGUAUCUAAUAGAAGUAUUAAGAGACACAAUGUGUUUUCUAUUGUGUUUCAUAUACCAGCAGACAAGAGGUUAAUUGACUUUGUAUUCUAACUGCCGAUUUCAAUAACCGAUAUUAAUGUAAAAUCUUCAUUUUUGACUGAACUAAACUUAAUGUUGAAAAUCAAUUUCAAUCUUAAUCUAAUUUGAUUUUGAUUGAGAUCGGCAGUAAGUCGUAUAUGCUAUUUUUAAGAUAUAAGUUUUGUAAAUAUAGUUUUAAGCAAGUUAUUAGGUAUGUAUAUUAUAUUUUGUUAACGAA